AUGAUCAAACCAAUUGUCCUCCACAUUGGUGAUGAUAUCCGCUGGAAUCAUGACCAAUACAGCCAGUUCAAAGAUACCUUCGAUGUUCGCCGGUCCUACAGCAUGUCUCGGCCAGAGUUUAUCCGAGCCCUAAAAGAGCGCCAAUUUGGUGACUGCUUCGCCAUCUACCGCCCAUUUUGGAAUACCGGAUGUGAGAUGGGGAACUGGGAUGAGGAGCUUAUCUCGCUUCUCCCAAAUUCCUACAAGGUUUAUGCCAGUGCCGGCGCCGGGUUUGAUUGGGUUGACACUGCAGCUUUAGCGAAGAAGGUCCUCCUCGCUGUUUCAGACUGCGUGAUGAUUGCGACGCCAUUCAGCGGCGAGACACUCCUCGAUGUAUCUCUGAUGGCGAAGAUGAAGACCGGUUCACGACUCAUAAACAUUGCCCGGGGCAAGCUGCUUGAUGAGAAUGCUCUUGUUGAUGCUCUGCGGGGUGGUAAGCUCGCUGCUGCUGGAUUGGAUGUGUACUAUGACGAGCCGCGCGUUAGCCCGGAGCUUGCAGCCAUGAAAAAUGUUUAG